AUGGGGUCGUGGGCGGUGGCGCUCGUCGCCAUCUUCAUGGUGGCGGUGGUCACGGAAGCGUCGCUUGUCAUCCCCCGUGUGGGCCUGAUUAAAAAUGACAUGUAUGACCAAGCUCUUCACGAUAUCAAUGCCACCAUGUCUCUUCUUGGCGCCACAGCCGUCUACGUCACUGGUUCAGCGCCUGAAAUUCAAGAAUAUGCUCGACUCGGCAAGAUCGAUUUGGCCUUUACGCCCAGCCACAUCUUUGGUUGUCUGUCGGCCGAGGUUGAAGCCGCACCCAUUUGUUCCAUCGUUCGCCGUUACAACUCCGUCGAUGUUUCAAUGGCUGGAGGUGUCAUCUUUACCAAGUAUGGCAGCGACAUUUCAUCUCUAGACGACAUCCCUGGCAAGAUUAUCGCAGCCGUUGGCCGCGACUCUCUUUUCGGCUAUGCUGCCCAGCGUCACGAACUCCGUCGUCACGGCAUUGAGAUAGUCACAAGCUGCCCUCAGAUUAUAUUCGCGGGAAAUAAUUACCGAGUGGUUUUUGAUGUUUUGAACGGGGUUGCUGAUGUCGGCUUCGUGCAGAGCGGCGUCAUCGAAGCAAUGACUACGCUGGGCAUCAUAUUCGUCGCGGACGUCAAGUUUCUCAAUGAAUACAACCACUACAACAAGCUUGGUGUGGCGUUCCCGUUUCGUUCCUCCACGAAUCUUUACAGCGGCGCGUCUUCCAUCAGCUACUGGCGCACGCCCCUUUCUACCGUCAAGGUCGUGGACAUGCUGCGAGAAUUGUCGUUACUGAAAAGCUCAGACGACGGUACAUUGCAAUGCGGCAACAUGGGCGCUGAGCUGGAGCAUUUUGUGUGUCCCGAAGGUUUCAAGCGCAAAGCAGACAUUUCAUGCGACAACACCAAGGGGUACAGCUGCCCCACGGCCGAGAACGUGAGCUACCAGUGCCUUUGCACGCCAUGUGUACCUGUCUGUCAAGCCAACGAGAUUUACAGCGAUGGAUCCUGCGACUGCGACUCGGGUUAUGUCAUGUCCGGUGGAGCAUGUGUGCCCUUUGGUAUCCUCAUUGCCCAAGUUUUGGUGCCCGUGAUCAUUGUUGUCAUUCUCCUGAUUCUCUACAACAAUCAUCGUCAACGCCUCAAAACGGACGGCAUUUGGCAAAUCGACGCCAAAGAUAUCAUCCUUGAUCACCCUCCGGAGGUUUUGGGAUCAGGCUCCUUUGGUGUGGUGCUGGCAGCCAAAUAUCGUGGCCAAGCCGUUGCAGUCAAGCGAGCAUAUGUCAGCAAGCACGGCAAGAACCUUAGCAAGAGCAAGUCAUCAAGCAGACAAGGUCACGCAACAGCGAGCAACACUUUUCAGCUCACCAUGGGCAAGAAUACGAUGAAGCAAAAAGAGCAGCUUGCCCGAGAUCGCAUGCGCGCCUUCUUCGUUGAAGCCGAGGCAGCCGUUGCCAACACGGGGGCCAACCAUGCAUCCAGCUCCAAAUCGGGCCGCACCGUCAAUGGCACCGAGGUGCCUUGGUGGGACAAGUUGUUUGGUCCAUCAGCCGAGACGCGUGCGCGCCGCCAGCUCUUCCGCGAGAUGCGUUUACUCAGCCGUAUGCAACACGACAGCAUUUGUCGAAUGCUGGGCGCUGUCAUUGAGUCUGGUAUGGAGCCUCUUAUGGUGUUAGAGUACAUGGAGAUGGGCUCGCUCUACAACAUGCUGCACAAUGAAGCCAUGGAACUGGACGAUGAAUUUCGCUAUAACGCCUUGCAUGAUAUCACCAAUGGCAUGCGCUAUCUGCACAACUCCGACUUGGUCCAUGGUGACCUGAAGGCUUUGAAUUGCUUGGUAGAUAGCAAGUUUCAUGUCAAGGUGUCCGACUUUGGCAUGGCAGGGUUUGCUUCAGAACAUAGUCAGCGCGGUGGCACUCUCGCCUGGAUGGCACCCGAGCUACUUCGGGGUGAUUCUUGCAGCUUUGCCAGUGAUGUCUACAGCUUUGGCAUUGUCAUGUUUGAAAUAUUUUCUCGCGAGGACCCCUACGAGGAUUUGAAUUAUGAUACAGCAAUGUUGGUGCAAAACAUUCUUGGUCGCAAGUUGCGACCCACAGCUCCUGCCAACAUGCCAUCGGAACUGGCCGUUCUCAUGAGUGAAGCGCUGUCCGCUGAUCCUGACACGCGACCGACGUUUGUGGAGUUGCUCCGGCGCAUUGAGCCGAUGGAGGGGAAGAUGAAGGCCAACUCGCGCAAGGGCGGGUUCCAGGACAACGCGUUGUUGGAGCAGGUGUUUCCCAAGCACAUUGCGGCGGCGCUGCGCGAGGGUCGCACAGUUGAGCCGGAGCACCAUGCCGAGGUGACCAUCUUCUUCUCGGACAUUUGUGGCUUUACGGACAUGAGCGCUACGCUGGAGCCGGUGCAGGUGUCCAACAUGCUGGAUCGCCUGUACACGGUGUUUGACAAGCUGUGCGACAAGCACGGGCUGUACAAGAUUGAGACGAUUGGGGAUGCGUACAUGUGCGUGGGCAACCUGUUUACGCCCCAGCCGGAUCAUGCGGCGCGUGUGGCACGAUUUGCGAUGGAUGCGCUGGCGGGAGCCAAUGCGAUUCCGAUCCUGGAGGACAAACCGGAUGGUGACCACAUCAACAUUCGUGUGGGCUUCCACAGCGGACCCGUUGUAAGCAAUGUGGUGGGGACGCUGACGCCGCGAUUCUGCCUGUUUGGAUCGACAGUGAAUUGUGCGUCGCGAAUGGAGAGCAACAGUGUGCGGAACUGCAUUCACAUGUCACCGGAGGCGGCGGCGCUGGUGCAGAAGCAAGAUGUGUCGCUGAAUGUGAUACGUCGUGAUCCUGUUGUGACGAUCAAGGGCCUGGGCAAGAUGCAGACGUACUGGCUUGGGCACCCUCCCAAGUCUGACGAUGUGGAGGCCACGGCAAAGAUGCCACGCACUAAAUCCCGCGUCAGUGCGCGAUCUGGCCGCACCUCCCGAGGAUCAUUUCUGCGCGACUUUCCCCUCCUGCCCGCGCCAUCGUUGAGUGGUCUUGACAACACAGACGCUUCUUCCUCUCACGUCAUGUUCGAUCAAGUUGCUAUCGACAUGGCGCUUGGUUCUUCCCCAGAUGAGGCCGAGGGUGAUGAUGCGGACAACACUGUUCUAAAUGCUGCAGCCACCAAAUCGUCCUCGAUCCGUGACCUUUGUGACAGUGGGCAUCCCAGCGAGGGAGCCUACCUUGAGAAGCAUUUGCCUCCCAUCUUUGAGCCUACUCAAGAUUCUUGUGUUUAAUGCAUAUCGGUGUUGCUACUGACUCGCCGUUCAUCCGCAGUCGUAGCUUUUGUACCUUGUUUGCUUUCACUGAAUGUGUCUUUUUUAUAUCGGUUUAAUUGACAACCUGAAGAAC